GGUAUUGCAAAAAUGGCGCAGCGGCAGCGAGGAUAUUUGCUGCGAUCGCUAUCAAAAUCAAAAAUUGCCAAGACACUGGCCGGCAUGGAUAUGGAGCAGUCGGAAGUGGUUCGCAUGGAUCAGGGCAAAACAGCUCGACGUGAAGGACGCUGCGUUUUCGAGUGCUCUUGGGAAGUUGCUAAUAAAGUUUGUACAUCCAUUUAUUUCGUGAUAUUCAUUUUUUUUUUUCAAACGCUUAUCGUCAACCUCACCUUCUUUGGAUUGCACACUAAAGAAGCAGAUCAAGUUACGGAAAAAAGAGAACAGUUAUUUUUGCAAGCAACUCAUCAGCUUGCAGUGUUUCAGGUGGGCGGCAUCUAUACAGUCUUGCGUAGCAAAGCACCGAUUAACACUGAAGAAUACGGAGAUCAGUACUGCUUAUUGGGUCCGCUUCGUGAGGGCAGGUGGCAGCUUGAAGUUGAACAAAUUGCUCCCGAAAGCCGACAUAUCGCUGCUGCCAUCGAAAGACUCAGUGAAGGAGGCUUCAAGGUUUAA